AUGCUGCGCAUCACAUUUUGCCAUGGUGAUGUAUGUCAUGUCGCCUGUCAGCAGCGGACUGACACACACAUUCUGACCGAACGAGGACUCUUGAGGAAUGGCCUCUGAACGGGAUCACGGAUCCAAUUCCACCAGAAAUCUGAGCAACCAGUUCGUGCAGCCGACGUGGCGCAUCGCGCUGUGGUCGGUGGCUUACAGCACCGUGCUCACAGUGGCCGUCCUCGGGAACCUGGUCGUGAUUUGGAUUAUUCUGGCGCACAAGCGCAUGAGGACAGUGACCAACUAUUUCCUGCUGAACCUGGCUUUCUCUGACGUCUCCAUGGCCGCGUUCAACACCCUCAUCAACUUCAUCUACGCGGCUCAUGGAGAGUGGUACUUUGGAGAAGUCUACUGCAGGUUCCACAACUUCUUCCCCGUCACUGCUGUGUUCGCCAGCAUCUAUUCCAUGACUGCUAUAGCCAUCGACAGGUACAUCGCCAUAAUCCACCCUCUGAAACCUCGUCUGUCAGCAAAGGCUACUGUGGCCGUCAUUGUCUGUAUCUGGAGUUUGGCCGUGGUUCUUGCUUUGCCUCUCUGCUACUUUUCCACCACUCGAGCUCUGCCCCACAGAACCCUCUGCUACGUGGCCUGGCCCCGCAUGGCUGACGACGCCUUCAUGUAUCAUACAAUAGUGACAGUUCUGGUCUACGUGCUGCCUGUGGUGGUGAUGAGCAUCACUUACACCAUCGUGGGUGUGACACUGUGGGGAGGAGUGAUCCCUGGAGACUCCUCAGAGAACUAUCACGGACAGCUCAGAGCCAAACGGAAGGUGGUGAAGAUGAUGAUCAUUGUAGUGUUGACUUUUGCCCUGUGCUGGUUGCCGUAUCAUGUCUAUUUCAUUGUGACGGGUCUCAACAAGCAUCUGAGCAAGUGGAAGUACAUCCAGCAGGUUUACCUGUCAGUGAUGUGGCUGGCAAUGAGCUCCACCAUGUACAACCCCAUCAUCUACUGCUGCCUCAACAGCAGGUUUCGCGCCGGUUUCAAGCAUGUGUUCCGCUGGUGUCCACUCGUCCACGUCUCAAGCUAUGACGAGCUAGAGCUCAAGAAUACAAGACUGCGUCCAGGUUGUCAGAACAGCAUGUGCACCCUGUCCCGGGUCGACACCAGCAUCCUCAGCAAAGACAAGAGCACUCGCUCUCCUGGAAACCGGUCAAAACUGAACUCUGAGCUCAAUAACAAAGGCAGUUGACUCUAUGCAUGGAGCACAACAUCCAUUAAAAUAUAAUUACUUCAGGUUAAUUGUCACUUGGGCUUUUUAUUAUGAACUUAGCAAUUAAAAUACACAUCAAAAACAUUAACAUUAGUAGUUACUCGCUAAAUUCUAUAAUCCGUUGCUAAAUAAUAUUAACUUCUGCAGACCCCAACUGUAGAGCAUCUGUAUCAUUGGCUGAAACCAGGAAGUGACCAUGCAUAUAGUCAGUUAGCUAUAUUCACAUUAGCUUUAUUGCCCUGGUAUGUCAUAUUUCACCAUCAUCAACUGUCUGAUAUCUUUUGACAGUAUAUGUGUAUUUACGAGCUAUGAUAACUUUGUUUUAGUACUUAACUUCCUAUGUUUGCUAUCUCCGGUGCAUUUCAGUUGUUAAUUAGGAAAAUAGACCAAUUCAUGUGUGGUGAUUUAGCAAAAAAAAAAAAUACCAAGAAGAGUAAUUCAUAUACCGUAUAUGUAGAUUUUGGUUUAUAUAUUGGUAUUGCAGUAAAGUAAAAAGUAACACGUUUGUUGCUAAAUACGUACAUUCCGUAUUUCCAAUAGGAAAAUGCAAACAUGAUCAUAUUGUGUACUUUAACUGGGUUUGAAUGAUUGUGUUGAUAAUUGAUUUGGUAAAACCUGAUUGAAGUAUUUUGUGUGUUUUAUAUGACUAUAUUAUAAGUUAUGACGUUAGGUCAGCCUCAUAAACUGUAUGUUAUGAGCUACUUUUGAAAGUUGUUUAAUGUAACAUACUGUUAAAUAGCAUUAUAUAGCACAGCACUUUAUAAGUAGUAUAUGAAUUUUAAUGAAACGCUGAUCUGCUACACUGCAUGUUUAAAGCCAUCAGACUAUUAUUCAUUAUAUUAUUUCAUCAAAAACAGCCACAGCAGUACUGCUCCACCAACACUAAUGUCCUCUCAUCUAGUUACACAGAAGCUUGUUGGAUGUUACGUGUUGUUUAUAACCUAGUUGUAAAUUCACAAGUGCUUACUCGUGUUUUUGUCAGUUGGAGAAAGAAUGUGCCAAGUUAAAGUGUACUUUAGAGUCAUGCUUUACUGUGUGUAACUCUGACUGUUGUGUAAAAAAAUACAUGUGCAACAGUAAUACAGCAUAUAUUCAGUAAUACUGAACAACACAUUUACUACUAAUUCUGCUGCAGUACAGUGUGAAAGUACACCAAAAGGCAAUAUUGUUACAAAAUGACCACAGUUACAUUCAUGGAUAAGAUUGUUUGAACAUAUACUUUAUUUGUAUCACACUGUACGGCAUGAACCAACAACAUGUUGUAGUUUAAUUAGGGUCUUAUUGUUUCUAAUGGACCAGCUGAUGUAAAUAGAAAUGGAUUAGGGUUAUACCACUGCAAUCAA